CGUUUUGCUCAGACGAUGAUCUUUACCAUCGAGGAGAUCAACAGGAUCGGAACGCUGCUGCCCAACGUCACCAUUGGCUACAGGAUCUAUGACAACUGCGGCUCCAGACUGUCGUCCAUGAGGGCCGUGAUGGCUCUCAUGAACGGCCACGAGCCCACGGCCGAGGAGCCUUGCACAGGGCAGUCAGCUGUUCAUGCCAUUAUCGGAGAGUCCGAGUCCUCCUCCACCAUCAUACUUACCAGAACAACCGGACCCUUCAAAAUACCAGUGAUCAGCCACUCGGCCACUUGUGAGUGUCUAAGCAGCAGGAGGGAGUACCCUUCCUUCUUCAGGACUAUUGCCAGCGACUACUACCAAAGCAGAGCUCUGGCACAGCUGGUCAAGCACUUUGGCUGGACGUGGGUCGGAGCCGUGAACAGUGACAGUGACUACGGCAACAACGGCAUGUCCAUCUUCCUGACGGCCGCGGAGGAAGAGGGCAUAUGCGUGGAGUACUCUGAGAAAUUUCACCGCAGCGAGCCCGGCAAGCUGCUGAAAGUGGUGGACGUUAUCCGAAAGGGUUCGGCCAAAGUGAUAGUGGCCUUUCUUGCGCACGUCGAGAUGAACAACUUGUUGGAGCAGCUCACGCUCCAGAACAUUACUGGCUUGCAGAUGAUCGGCGUGGAGGCCUGGAUAACUGCAGACAGCCUGAUCACCCCAUCCAGCUUCAGCAUCUUAGGUGGCUCACUCGGGUUUGCGGUGGGGAAAGCCAACUUGAGUGGCUUUGACGAAUUUGUGAAACACUUUUGGGACGACACUUUCCACUGCCCGGAGAUCGCGCCGCCUUCACAAGAUGUGGAGCGUUGCGGCAAAUACCAAGAUCUUCUUGAGUGGAGGCACUAUAACGAUGACGUACCCGAGCUCAGAUAUUCCAGCAACAUCUACAAAGCGAUUUAUGCGGUGGCUCAUUCGAUGCGCAGCCUUCUGAACUGCAGGGCGAAUGUUGGAUGUGAAAAAGUAUUGCAAACUGAGCCACAGAAGGUAGUCGAGUCUCUUAAAACAGUAAAUUUCACUCUGAAGACCAACGAGCGGGUGUGGUUUGACAAGACAGGAGCGGCGGCAGCCAGGUACGAGGUGGUUAACUGGCAGCGGGGGCCAGAUGGAAGAGUGCAGUUUAAACCAGUGGGCCACUACGACGUCUCGCUUCCACCUGGCCAUCGCUUCGUCCUCAGCGAAGACAACAUCGUAUGGCCCGGGGCCUCUGCCCAGAGGCCUGUGUCUGUGUGCAGUGAGAGCUGUCCCCCAGGGACCAGGAAGGCCCAACAGAAAGGAAAACCCAUAUGCUGCUAUGACUGUAUACCGUGUGGAGAGGGAGAAAUCAGCAAUGAGACAGAUUCUAAUAACUGCGAACCUUGCCCAGGACAGUACUGGCCAAAUCCUGGCAGAGAUAAAUGCAUACUAAAGCCUGUAGAGUUUCUCUUAUUCACUGAGGUUAUGGGAAUUGUGUUAGUGUUUUUCUCCCUCCUUGGUGUCUUGUUAACUCUCAUCACUGCUGUAAUCUUUAUGAUGCAGAAGGACACACCCAUAGUGAAAGCAAACAACUCAGAGCUGAGCUUCCUACUGCUCUUCUCCCUGACUCUCUGCUUCCUCUGUUCUCUUACUUUCAUUGGUCGACCCUCUGAGUGGUCCUGCAUGUUGCGUCACACAGCGUUUGGGAUCACCUUUGUUCUCUGCAUCUCCUGUGUUCUGGGGAAAACGAUAGUGGUGUUAAUGGCCUUCAGAGCCACUCUUCCAGGCAGUAAUGUCAUGAAGUGGUUUGGGCCUCUGCAACAGAGACUCAGCGUUCUUGGCUUCACUCUCAUACAAGUCCUCAUAUGUGUGCUCUGGUUGACCAUAUCACCUCCUUUCCCUUACAAGAACAUGACUCUUUUCAAAGAUAAAAUCAUCCUUGAAUGUGAUGUGGGUUCAGCCAUUGGAUUUUGGGCCAUAUUGGGCUAUAUCGGACUACUUGCUCUGUUGUGUUUCAUCCUGGCUUUUUUGGCUCGCAAACUACCAGAUAACUUCAACGAGGCCAAAUUCAUCACAUUCAGUAUGCUGAUAUUCUGUGCAGUCUGGAUCACUUUUAUUCCAGCUUAUGUCAGCUCUCCUGGUAAAUUUACUGUAGCAGUAGAAAUCUUUGCCAUACUGGCCUCUAGUUUUGGUAUGCUAUUUUGUAUAUUUGCUCCAAAGUGUUAUAUCAUUUUAAUUAGACCAGAGUUAAACACAAAGAAGCAUAUGAUGGGUAAAAUGCCCUCAAAGUCUCUGUAA